CAGACAGCUGAGUCACAGAGUGUUCAGGAGACUCUCUCUCAUCACAGCAAGUAAACAGGGAGCGAAGGAGCGAAGGAGCCCGAGGACUUGACCCGAUAGCAGCGAACUGUGGCCCCAGCCGCUCUGGAACCAUGCUGACCAUAACACUGAAGACCCUCCAGCAGCAGACGUUCAAGAUAGAGAUAGAGGCAGAAGUGACGGUGAAAACUCUGAAGGCGAAAAUAGAGGAGAACAGAGGGAAAGAUGCAUUUCCUGCUGCAGGACAGAAACUCAUCUAUGCAGGCAAAAUCUUGAAUGAUGACAUCCCAUUGAAAGAGUACAAAAUCGAUGAGAAAAACUUUGUGGUGGUCAUGGUUACCAAGCCUAAACUAAACCUUCCUUCACAAAAAGCUCCUCAGCCAACUUCCCAACCAGCUGCAGCCUCAGCACCGCCCUCAACCUCAGCACCGGCCUCUGGUCCUGAACAAGCACCCUCCUCACCGACACACACAGUGUCUGCGCCCACACCUGCCCCGCAGUCAGUGCCUCCUCCUGAAUCCCCAUCUUCAUCACCAGUCCCAGAAAACACAGAAUCGCCUCCUGCUGAAGCAUCAGCAGCUCUGGACUCAAAUGUAACCCCAGUCUUAGCUCCUGACUUGGCGCCAGCUGUCACUCCAGCCUCUGCACUGGCUUCAGCCUCUGAAACUGAUCAAACAGCCUUGGCCACUGCAGACCCAGCCAAUCCUGCUACGCAGCUAGAAGACAAUCCAAGGGAAAACCCUGAGAAUCAACCAUCCAUCACGGCACCAAUGCGCUCUUCGGCCUCCAGCCUUGUUGAUGAACUGGGACACCUUGAAGAAGCAGCAUCAAUACUGGUGACAGGUCCGGCCUAUGAGAGCCUGGUGUCAGAGAUCAUGUCUAUGGGUUAUGAGCGGGAGCAGGUAGUUAUUGCACUCAGAGCCAGUUACAACAACCCAGACAGAGCAGUGGAGUACCUACUGAUGGGUAUUCCAGCAGAGGCCAGUGAUCUGCCACCUCAAGAGCCAGUUAGACACAGUGCUUCAUCAAACCCCCCAAACCCUGCCACUGAGGCACCGCAGCAACCCCCAGCAACCUCUAACACAGGGCCAUUGUCUAGCAGUCAGCCUCCCCCUGCUGGUGGAGGUUCUGUCCCCACAGCAAACCCUCUGGAGUUCCUGAGGAAUCAACCACAGUUCCAGCAGAUGAGACAGAUCAUCCAGCAGAACCCAGCCCUCUUGCCAGCCCUGCUGCAGCAGCUGGGCAGAGACAACCCACAGCUACUGCAGCAAAUCACACAGCACCAGGAGCGUUUUGUACAGAUGCUGAAUGAGCCUCGAGGUGGAGACACAGGAGGCGAGGGCGCCGAGGCCCAAGGGUCUCCACAGACAAACUACAUCCAGGUCACCCCACAGGAGAAGGAGGCCAUUGAGAGGUUAAAAGCGCUGGGUUUCCCUGAAGGCUUAGUAAUCCAGGCGUACUUCGCAUGUGAGAAGAAUGAGAAUCUGGCUGCUAACUUUCUGCUCCAGCAAACGUGGGACGAUGAGUAAGCAGACAACACCUGACGCAUCACCGUUGGACAGAGGGUUUUGGGAGUGGGUGAAAGUGCAAUGCAAAAUCCACUGGGGACGGACGGACGUGGGGAGGAAGACAACCUUUCUUUUCACGCCAUUGUGACUGUGGUCUGAUGAAGAUGGUGACAAUAAUGACAACGAUAUGCUGUUCAAAGUUCGCUGUGCUGCCUGCUCUCCAUACUGCUGUGUGGUCAUCAAAGGAGCUCCCACCGAGCUGUACCUCACUGCUGCUACAUUAUUACUGCUGCCGCUUGAGCUGAGAGGAGACAUGUCAACAGUAUGCAUCACCUUCACAGGAUUUGACUGUAUGGAGAGUGUUUCUACUGCAGAUAUUGCAUAUGUUAGACUACUAUACACACACAGUAGACAUACUGCUUGGAUUUACGUGGAAAUGUGAUGCAAACUGUUGACUUCACUGUUUUGAGAGCUAGCACUGCUUUAUAUUAAAGUUUAGGCCUGGUCUGGUCAUUUCUUCAGCUUCUUUUGUCCAUUGGAAGAAAAAUCUUUUAAAACAUCUAAAAUCAAACAAGUCUCAACAGCACUGAUGUGUUCUCCAGGUGUGCUCCUGUGGUUCCAUAUUUGCUGGUAGAGCAUAGAGCAUUUGAAACUGGCUGUUUCCGCUGGCAAGAUUAAAUAAUUAAGAAAUAAUACAUAUCAAUUUGGAUUUCUAGUCAAAAUGUAACCAAUCAUCAUUUUUUAUAAAUGUAUCAUUACCCACUAUUAUAACUGAAAGAAGAAACGGUUAUAUUUCCAUAUUUGUAUAAUUUUUACAUAAUUUCCCAAUUUUCCUUAAUUUUGUAAUAUUUUAUGUUGUCAUUUUAGUUGUUCCAAACGUAUGUAGGGAUAUUGCUUUGACUGGCAGAUAUGGGCUGCCAAAAAAUGUAGACAUUCAAAGAUAGGUCAAAUGUAUCUGCUGUAAGUGAGCAUUUAACACCAUAAAAAGAAUAAGCGGUACAGUCACAGUAAAUAAUGCUGCCUUGUUUUUAAGAUAACAUGUGUGUGCAUUAGUGAUGCGUGAGUGAAGUGGAUCACUUUGCUUGAUUUAGUGUUUUAUGCUGUUUGACUUUGGAGGACUUGUUGGUUCUGUUGUUUGAACAAUGAGGAAUUUGAAGGUUGUUGAUGUAGUUCCACUCUACUUUGCAGGCUAAAUAUUUGUCAUGUUUUUAUUUUGAAAGAAAGGUUGUUUUCAGUAUUUCUUAGCUGGAAUGAACAGGCAUAGUCCACGUCCUAUGUUCAGCCAAUCAAGUUCUUUUGUGCUUGUUUCACAUUUUCUAUGCAUUUUAAAGCUGUAAGACUUUGAGCCAAUGCUCCUGCAAGUCUUACUGGUAGACUUGUACAUUACCAUACAGUGUUUCAGAUAUUUCAAAGAUCAGUGUUGUAGGAUUUGUGACUCCAAACUUUGAAUUAUUGAUAAUUUAUGAGUCUCUGCCUCAAAAGUGGUCUAAAAGGAAGCUGAAUAAGUGCUAGUAGCCAAAACCAACACACAAAAAAAAUAUAUGUUUUUAGCAUUCAGCAUGUGCUUUGUUGUUUCUCCUGUUACUUUUCUAUAUUUUGUUUGAAUGGAACUCACUGCAGCCGGAAGUAAACUGUUGGGGGAAGGCACUUGAAUGUGGUAUAUGCUACUCUAGCUUGUGAGCAGUUGUUGGUUGCAUGAGGUGAUGAAACCACCAGUAUCGUGUUGCUCUGAUCUCAGUUUAUCUAUGGUUUUCUUUUCUUUUUUGGUUUAUAAAAAAUGUACUUACAGCCGUAAAUACUUUGGUUGAGGUUUUGCUGAAUAUUUUGGGGGAAAAUAAACUUGUUCCACCAUUGUGUAAAAUAAAUUGCUUUUACAAAGCG